GAUUAACUGUUUCUGCUACUCAAUAACCACCAUUGGGUACUUUAGAUUCUUCAUGUUACUCACUUUCAUUAAUAUUUCUCCGGGAAACUGCAGGAAAAUCUGGGAAAAAGAAUCUUCAAUAAUGGCAAGACCAUCAGGAAGGAUAAUCAAGAACCCAUUCAUGAGUUUAACACCGAGUCCAAGAUCACUAACUCAGUUCUUCUCCGUUUCACCACCAUUAACAUCCCUUUUUUCUUCCAAGAAAACAUCCCCAUCCCUCUCCAUUUUCAUCCUUUCUUUCUUAUUUUCCUUCACUUUCUUGGGAAUCUCCAUUUUCAGAUUCUUCCCUAGCUCCCAAGAUUCAAUCCAUUGUUCCAUUAUAUCCCCAACAACAUCCCCUAUUUCAUCCCAUCCUUUACCAUCUUCUUACUCUCAGAUCAUCUUAACAUCUUUACUUUCCGGCAUAAACUCCGACAACAAGAUUCAACCCAGAGUUGGCGGCACUGCAAUGGUUCCAUUACCAGUUCAUUUGGUUUCUGGUAACUUGUCCGAAGAAGAAACCGAGUUCUGGAAACAACCAGAUAGUAAUGGCUACCGUCCUUGUUUGGAUUCCACCGUUGGGUAUCGUAAAAGAUCUGCAAAGAUUUCCAAGGAGAAAAACAGGUUCUUGGUUGUGGUUGCUGCUGGGGGAUUGAAUCAACAAAAGAAUCAAAUCAUUGAUGCUGUUGUUAUUGCAAGAAUACUUGAAGCUGCUUUGGUUUUGCCUGUUUUGCAGGUCAACAUGAUAUGGGAAGAUGAAAGUGAAUUUCCAGAUAUAUUUGAUGUGGAACACUUCAAGAAGACAUUAAGAGCAGAUGUACGAGUUGUAUCUUCGUUGCCAUCGUCUCAUUUGGUGGCUAAACAGACCAUUGUAACUCAAAUUCCUUAUGGUGUUUCACCGUUUUGGAUCCGUGCUAAGUUCUUCAAACAACUGAAUCAGGAAGGGGUACUUGUACUGAAAGGAUUAGAUUCUAAGCUCUCCAAGAAUCUUCCAUCUGAUUUACAGAAGCUUAGGUGUAAGGUAGCAUUCCAUGCACUGAGAUUUUCGAAGCCAAUUCUUCAAGUUGGGAACCAGCUAGCAAGAAGAAUGUGGAUUGAAGGUCCAUAUAUCUCUCUUCAUCUUCGGCUCGAGAAAGAUGUGUGGGUUCGAACCGGAUGUCGAACUGGUUUAGGUCCUGAAUACGACCAAAUCAUUACCCAAAUUCAGAAAACUCAGCCUCAGUACCUCACUGGCAGAGUCAACAUGAGCUAUAGUCAACGUCGCCUCUCCGGCCUUUGCCCCUUAAAUGCUUUUGAAAUGGCAAGGCUUUUGAAGGCUUUAGGAGCGCCCCAAAGUGGUCGGUUUUACAUAGCCGGAGGAGAGCCAUUCGGUGGCAGCAAAGCAUUGGAGCCGCUCGCGGCAGUGUUCCCAAACUUGGUCCGAAAGGAAAUGUUGGCCCGUGACGGCGAACUCUCUCCUUUCCUCAACAGCUCCUCCGCUCUAUCUGCCAUUGAUUACAUUGUCUCCUUUAACAGCGACAUCUUUAUACCUUCCCAUGGCGGAAACAUGGGACGAGCCUUACAAGGACAUCGUGCUUACAUGGGACAUAGAAAAAGCAUAAGACCAAACAAAAGAACAAUGUUGCCUUUCUUUGAAGAUUCAUCCAUUUCUGAUGAAGAAUUCAGUAGCAUUAUAAGAUCAUUGCAUAAUAAAUCAAUGAAACCUGAACCUAGGAAGAAACAAAGAGACAACGAUGUGAUUGCUUAUCCAGUGGCUGAAUGUAUGUGUCGACAUGGUUCUGGUAGUUUUUGAAACAAAACACACUCAUAUUUGUACAUAUAAUAGGUUUUGAUUUUGAAGUAAACAUUUGUACGUACAUUG